CGUAAGUCCACUUAAAAUGAGAAUGAUAUGAAUUUUUAUUCGUACUAAAUUUUUGGGUUCUUAUUUCGAGUUUGCCGCACGUGCCACUAGUACGUACGGUUGCGCUGGAAAAUUACAGUAGUAGUACAGAACUAACAGAAAUUGCUUCUAGUCUGUAUAAUUAUAACAGUUAUUGUGUUCACAAAUAAACAGUCAACUUACCUGACUGUUUUAAAGACAACAUUAUGAACAAAGUCAUCUGUUUAACUAGGACGGGCAUGUUUGUGCUCGUAUAUUACACAUAAAGCUGAGCAUGCCACGUUAUGACAAUGAUCAGAUUCGCCGGGAGAUUCAUUAGCAUCCGUGUGUGCAGUCUGCUAUUCGGCGUGUACUAUUUCCUCCUGGGCGGUUUCGGGCUGUUCUCCGCUCUGAACGGCCUGCUCAUCUACUGGUCCGACCGCGAUGUCAUCGCCGACAGUCUGAAAGGCGUCACCGGCGACAUCUCCGCUUCCGUGUACUGGGCGGCGCUGCUGUGGAUGCUCUUCGGCGGCGUCAUGAUGCUCAUUGGGAUCCUGCAGAUUGUGUCCAUCGACCGGCGCUCGGAGGCCAUGUUCCGCGUGGCGACGGGGUUGCUGGUGGCGGCCGUGGUGGCGCUCACGUGGGUGACGAUGGUCUCAGCGUCCAAUAUCCGGCAGAUGUACCGAGAGCCCAGUGUGCCGGAUGAGCGGAAGGAAACAGCCGUUCACCUCACACAGCGAUUGGUUUUUGUUACCGGAGCAAUAACGGGGUCGAUCGCAGUCGGCUUACUGCUCAAUUUGUGCAUCAUGCUGGAGUCACGGCACAGAUACUUCGAAAGUUUACUAUUUCCAACCCACCAUCCCGUGGCAUACAACAGUUUUCGCUCCAAAGAAGUCUUAAGUGAGGACAUUAUUUAAACUAAGUGUAAUUUACAUUGCAUUCAGUUAACUGGUGUGCUUUGUGAUCUGUUGGUACACUUUUUAGAACUUUGUUAUUCACGGUUGUUUUAUUGCUGAUUGUAAUUUAUUGACAAUUUUGAUCUCACAGUGUCAGUCAUUGACAUUCGCAGCUAAUUUUGGAGUUACAAAAAUCGUUCAUCAUGCACUAUGAUCAGCGCUGACAUCCCUAUCGUGGUCGCCU